CAGUACGCAGGCCGUGCCCGCAGCGCUGGGACAUCCCAUCCCGCAGGACGCAUGCAGCGCGUACGUCGCCUUGUGUUCUGCAGUGAACAAGCCGUGCCCCUCGCACGUGGCCGAGCCCCAGCACCGCACGCAGCCCCAGGGAGCGUUCUGCUGAGCGGGGGUGGAGGGGAGCGGGGCACGCAGGUGUCCAGUGGGGAUGCAGAGCAGCUCCAGAACAUGUAGGGCGGCCUCUCCCUGCAGUGGCAGAGGUGCUCCCCACACGACCGGCCCCGAACCUCCCCCUGGGUGGGACAGACGGACGCAGCAGUGAGCCCCGAUGCCCUGGGGGGGCUCCUGACGGCGGCGGGUGCCGGGGUGGAGCCGCGUUGAGCGCUGGCAGAGCUCGAUAACAGCGGGGAUAUGUGAUCUCGCCCCUCCCCGCUGCCGGCUCGCAGAAUAAAACGCUGAUCUCAUGCCCUGCGCGGCCGGAGCCCUUGGCUCAGCACCGGGGCACAGCCCAGGCAGGCUCCACAGCCCCGGCCAGCGGCCAGGCCGCCCCCCAUCCCGCAGCCAUGACAUCCUACCGGCAAGAGCUGGAGAAAUACCGGGACAUCGACGAGGACAAGAUCCUACAGGAGCUGUCGGCCGAGGAGCUGGAGCAGCUCGACACGGAGCUGCUGGAGAUGGACCCUGAGAACGUGCUGCUGCCGGCGGGGCUGCGGCAGCGGGACCAGACGCACAAGAGCCCGACGGGACCGCUGGACCGCGAGGCGCUGCUGCAGCACCUGGAGAAGCAGGCGCUGGAGGCCGGCGAGCGCGAGGACCUGGUGCCCUUCACCGGCGAGAAGAAAGGGAAACCCUUCGUGCCCAAGAACCCGACGCGGGAGAUCCCCCGUGAGGAGCAGAUCACGCUGGAGCCGGAGCUGGAGGAGGCGCUGGCCAACGCCACCGAGGCCGAGAUGUGUGACAUCGCAGCCAUCCUGGGCAUGUACACGCUGAUGAGCAACAAGCAGUACUACGACGCGAUCUGCAGCGGGACCAUCACCAACACGGAGGGCAUCAACAGCGUGGUGAAGCCCGACAAGUACAAGCCGGUGCCGGACGAGCCCCCGAACCCCACCAACGUGGAGGAGACGCUGCGGCAGAUCCAGGCCAACGACAGCACGCUGGAGGACGUCAACCUCAACAACAUCAAGGACAUUCCCAUCUCCACGCUGAAGGCCAUCUGUGAGGCCAUGAAAACCAACACCCAUGUCAAGAAGCUCAGCCUGGUGGCAACCCGCAGCAACGACCCCGUGGCCACUGCCGUGGCCGAGAUGCUGGCAGAGAACAAAACGCUGCAGAGCCUCAACAUUGAGUCCAACUUCAUCACCAGCGCUGGGAUGAUGAGCGUCAUCAAGGCCAUGUACCAGAACAGCACCCUGAGCGAGCUCAAGGUGGACAACCAGUGCCAGCGGCUGGGGGACACGGUGGAGAUGGAGAUGGCGACGAUGCUGGAGCAGUGCCCCUCCGUCGUGCGCUUCGGGUACCACUUCACACAGCAAGGCCCCCGCGCCCGCGCCGCCAUCGCCAUCACCCGCAACAACGAGCUCCGUGAGUGCCCUCCCCGGGGCAGGAAUGGGAUUGGGGGGAACUGGGGGGUUGGGAACGGGACCCGGGGACCUGACCCGCCUCUCCCCUGCCCCAGGUCGCAAGCAGAAGAAAACCUGAGCGUCCCCUGCCACGGCCCCGCAGGAGCCCGGAGCUCAGCUCACCCAUGGGCUCUGCUUCGGGCUCCCCAGGGCCAGAUCUGCUGUAAAUAAAGAGGACGGAGACACGGGGCCGGAGCUGGC